UAAUUGAAGAGAUGUCUAACGACGAUGACUCCAGUGUUCAUCGUUUAGAAGCUUCAGGACCUUCGGUUGGAGGACUUUUCAUUCCCGGCAAAAAAGAUAAAAAAUCCUCCGUUGAUGCUGCGAUACCGAAAGCUUCACUUCUCGGCCUUGAUAAACUCGCCCAUAAGCUGCGACACGAUCCCUCGAGUCGAUUAUCCUUCAAAACGGGCACCGAAGAUGACGCCGAAGAGGAAUUUAAGGAUAAAUUAACGUCAACGAGCGAAUCUCACACAUUCGCGAUUCCAUCGUCAAAAGUUCCUGCGAAAGAAAAACGACAUUAUCGAGAGCCGCGGAUAGAAACUCCCUCAUAUACGGGCGGUGUGAGUUCAAAAAGUCGUGAAAAACUGCGAGAACGGGAGCGGGAACAUCAUCAUAAGGGACUUCAUGCGUCAAGUAGCAAAGAUCGGAAGCGAAGAGAUCAUCACAGAGACAGAGAUGAUGAAUCGAGUCGUUCAAGAAAGAGCUCAAGGCGUGAUAGAGAUGAGCCUCGUACGCCACGUUAUCGUCAUUCUGACUCGAAUUGGGAAUGGGACGACGACAAACCGAGCGGAAGUUCGAAAAAAAGUGCUUGGGACUUUCCGACGCCCAAAAAUUACAGUCGACGAGACGAAGAAAAAAGCGCUCGAUCAUCGACGAGACGAUAUUAUGACGAUACGCCACGCGCAACGCCCGGAUAUAAAUACAACAAAUGGGCAGGAAGUGAUCGAAAGGCUUCGGGAGCGACGCCACGCACAAAUCGGAGUGAAAAAGUCCCGUGGGAUGACCCUGAGGAUCGUGAAACGUGGGAAGAAGAGCAACAACGACUCGAUCGCGAAUGGUACAACAUCGGCGAAGGUUACGACGAAGACAAUAAUCCCUUUUCCGGCGCUUCGGAGAAGUAUUUUAAGCAAAAAGAGGAACAACUGAAGCAAAAAACGACAAAAAGAAUUUCCGCGCAACAGCGACAAAUCAACAAAGACAACGAAUUGUGGGAAAAAAAUCGAAUGUUAACGUCGGGAGUUGUAAUGUCGACAAAUUUCAACGAAGAUUUCGACGAAGAAACAGUCGAUCGAGUGCAUUUGUUGGUACAUCACACCGUGCCGCGAUUUUUGGAUGGCAGAAUUGUUUUUACGAAACAAGCAGAGCCUGUAAUUCCCGUGAGAGAUCCCGGAUCAGAUAUGGCGUUGAUUGCUCGCAAAGGGAGUCCUCUGGUGCGUGUUUAUCGCGAACAAAAAGAACGGAGAAAAGCGCAAAAGAAGAAUUGGGAGCUUGGAGGUACGAAAAUUGGUAAUAUUAUGGGCAUUAAAAAGAAGGCAGAUGACGAGGAUGCGAAAUUUGAUGCGGAUACUGACACUGCUGACUAUAAAAAGGACCAAAAGUAUGCAGAUCACAUGCAAGAUGAUGAGGAUAUUUUUAGUAAGAAGAAGAUUUUGCAACAAAGAAGGAGUUUGCCGGCAUUUGCGGUGCGACAAGAAGUGUUGAAUGUCAUAAGAGAGAAUUCUGUUGUCAUUAUUGUUGGAGAAACGGGUUCAGGCAAAACAACACAACUCACCCAAUACUUGCACGAAGAUGGUUACAGCAAAUACGGCAUGAUUGGAUGCACUCAACCUCGUCGUGUCGCUGCAAUGUCUGUCGCGAAACGCGUAUCCGACGAAAUGGGCACAAAAUUGGGACAAGAAGUUGGUUAUGCGAUCCGUUUCGAAGAUUGCACAUCCGAGAAAACUGUCAUCAAAUACAUGACAGACGGUAUUUUGCUGCGAGAAAGUUUACGAGAAAGCGACUUAGACAAUUAUUCGUGCAUCAUUAUGGACGAAGCGCAUGAACGUUCUCUCUCAACUGACGUUUUGUUCGGAUUACUUCGCGAAAUUGUCGCGCGUCGUCAUGAUUUGAAACUAAUUGUUACCUCAGCAACGAUGGAUGCCACGAAAUUCUCAACAUUUUUCGGAAAUGUUCCCGUUUUUACAAUUCCCGGGCGAACAUAUCCCGUCGAAGUAUUUUUCGCCAAGAACCCUUGCGAGGAUUACGUUGAUGCUUCAGUCAAACAAGCGCUUCAGGUGCAUUUGCAAAACGUCGAAGGCGAUAUUUUGAUUUUCAUGCCGGGACAAGAAGAUAUCGAAGUGACGUGUGAAGUGCUUCAAGAACGCCUCGAAGCGAUCGAUAAUGCGCCUGAAUUGUCAAUUCUUCCAAUUUAUUCGCAACUUCCGUCGGAUCUUCAGGCGAAAAUUUUCAAAAAAUCCGAAAUUCGAAAAUGCAUCGUCGCCACAAACAUCGCAGAAACUUCUUUAACUGUCGAUGGCAUCAUUUUUGUGAUAGAUUCGGGCUUUUGCAAACUCAAAGUCUACAAUCCGCGCAUCGGUAUGGAUGCCCUGCAAAUUUAUCCGAUUUCUCAGGCAAACUCCAAUCAACGAUCAGGGCGUGCGGGACGUACAAAACCCGGACAAGCCUUCAGAUUGUACACAGAACGACAGUACAAAGACGAGUUACUUCCCUUGACAGUCCCCGAAAUCCAAAGAACGAAUUUGGCAAACACAGUUUUACUUUUAAAAAGUUUGGGAGUUGUUGAUUUGUUGCAAUUUCACUUUAUGGAUCCGCCGCCGCAGGACAAUAUCUUGAACUCGUUGUACCAAUUGUGGAUUUUGGGAGCGUUGGAUAGUACGGGAGCUCUAACUCCGUUGGGAAGACAAAUGGCAGAGUUUCCGCUUGAUCCGCCGCAGUGUCAGAUGUUGAUUGUUGCCGGGCAAAUGGGAUGUAGUGCGGAAAUUUUGAUAAUUGUGUCAAUGUUGUCAGUUCCUUCGAUAUUUUAUCGCCCAAAAGGUCGUGAAGAAGAAGCUGAUGGAGUGAGAGAGAAAUUUAGUGUUGCUGAAUCUGAUCAUUUGACGUAUUUGAACGUUUAUCAGCAAUGGAAGAUGAACAAUUAUUCCUCAAAUUGGUGCAACGAGCAUUUCAUUCACGUAAAACCGAUGCGAAAAGUUCGCGAAGUGCGUCAACAACUCAAAGACAUCAUGGUACAACAAAAAGUCCCCAUCAACUCAUGCGGCACAAAUUGGGAUAUCAUCCGAAAAUGCAUCUGUUCAGCAUAUUUCGCACACGCCGCUCGUUUAAAGGGCAUCGGAGAAUACGUCAACUUAAGAACUGGCAUGCCAUGUCAUCUUCAUCCAACUUCAGCUCUUUAUGGGUUGGGAACAACACCCGAAUACGUCGUUUAUCACGAACUUAUCAUGACGGCGAAAGAAUACAUGCAAUGCGCAACUGCUGUCGACGGGCAUUGGUUAGCUGAACUCGGUCCCAUGUUCUUCUCCAUCAAAGAAAAGGACAAAUCGCUCGCUGCCAAGAAGAAAAAAGCCGCUGCUGAUCUCGAUGACUUGCAAGAACAAGAGGAAGAGCGUGCUACAGUCAGCGAACGGGGAGAAAUUCAAAAAUCAAGCAGACAAGACAUUAUUGAACCGGGAUUAGCGACGCCUCGAAGAACGCCUGCACGAAUUGGACUUUAAAAAAAGUGUUUUUUUUUUAACAUUUUUAGAAAAAAAAAUUAAUGAAUAUAUUUUAUUUAAACAAAAAUUACUUUGA